AUGGAUCUCUCGGUUUUGCCAAAUAACAACCAUCCUGACAAAUUCCUGCAGCUUGAUGUGAAGUCUUUAAGGAGGAACUCAGCCCUUCUUCAGGCCAGCCUGGGGAGGUUUCCAGGAGGAAAUUACCCUGCUGCCCAGCACUGGCAAAACCUCGUCUACUCCCAGAGGGAGAAGAAGACUCUUACUGCUCAACGAGGGAGGGGAUGCAGCGCGCAGGGCUCCGUGGCCGCAGAGAGGCCCCCACCAUCCCUGUCAUCAGUUCUGAAGAAUAACCCACUGUACGGUGAUGUCAGCUUGGAGGAAGCUAUGGAAGAAAGAAAAAAGAAUCCUUCCUGGACCGUGGAGGAGUAUGACAAGCAUUCUCUGCAUGCAAACCUCUCUGGGCAUCUGAAGGAAGACCCUCAUGACCUACGGUUUUGGUUGGGAGACAUGUACACACCAGGUUUUGACACCUUAUUGAAAAAGGAAGAGGAACAAGAGAAGCAUUCAAAAUACCGUCGCAUAGGUCUGAUUUUGCUCCUUGCUGCCUGCAUCUUGGUUUCCAUAGUGACUGUUAGCGCUUUAUUCACAUAAAGAAACUACCAUAGACACAGCCACUUUAAAUUUCUUUAAAA